AUGGAUAUUGAUGCAUCCGAGUCCGAGUCUGACUCAGACGCGAAGACCUCACACUCAAAGCUGAACCUCCCUAUGGACCCUCCUCAGAUAGAAAUACCUGAAGACCCUCUUCACCAACCCUUUUCAGAACCAAUCGGCAGGAUCACAGUUAAUGACCAUGCAUACGACAUCCUUGAACUUAUCUUCUCUAGCCAGGGGCUCGUCGGUCGAGGCACUGUCUGUUACUUAGCCAGGAGAGACGACGAAGAAUACAUUAUCAAGGACCAUUGGGUUCUUGGGGGUAAAUAUGCUGUGUUGAAUGAAGUCGACAUGCUGCAUGAGAUGAAAGGGGUCCAUGGCAUACCAGAACUGGUCGAAUAUUGGCUUGUCGAGGUUGCACCUGGGGAAGUCGAUGAAACUAUGAGCUAUCGAUACAAGGUUUUUGAAAGUAUCAAAGGUACCUCUCGUACACAUCUGCAUUUGGUUCUGAAGCCCUGUGAGCGACCUUUACAUGCGUUCCGGACCAAAUUAGAGUUAGUAGGCGCUCUUCAAGACAUUGUCAAAAUUCAACAGACAGCAGUUGAGGAACGGGGAAUUCUUCACCAUGACUGUAGUCUCAACAAUGCUAUGAUCUGGGAUGAUGGCAAUGGGGGUCAGGGAACCUUGAUCAAUUGGGAAUUCGCCGUGCAUAUUGUUGCAGGUCGAAAAUAUGCUAUCGGUGGGACGGGUACAUUGCCAUUCAUGUCUUGUUCUCUUCUAUGGCAGCUCUCAGAGGCUGUUGGUGACCAGGUGACAUCUCUUCGCAGCUGGAAGGCAAAGCUCGCAAUGCAGUCCUCUGCAACUCCCCCCCCCCUCUUAUACUACACCACUACCAUGACGAUCUCAAAUCCCUUUUCUAUGUCUUCAUAUGCAUCUGCAUCAAAUUCAGGGGUCCCCUCGGAGUUAGACGUGACCUUUCAGCUGAUAGGAGUCAAGAGUGGCUACUGCACCAAUGGUCUACCAACAUGCUCUGAGACACCACCAAUGAGAAGACUUCGUUUUUUUUCCACCCAAAUGCACAAAAGCUCAAAUGACAAUUCCACCCCUACUUCACCAGUCUACUCCCGCUUGCAAAUGAUUGGUACAAGUUGA